AACUUCAAGAAGUGGACUGAUUUUUUGAAAACCGACAAUAAUUUGGUUGGGUAGUAUGUCAGCGUAUUGCACUUCAGGUGUCCGGCGCCUCUUGCCGGCGUGCAGGACUGUCCUCCACCGUCAGUAUGCCUCGAAAAUGGUAGCAUCGAGCCUGAUCAAAGAAGAGGAUGUGGAAUGCAUGCCGCGUGAGAACGAGGCAAUACCUGCCUACUAUGGUGGAGCAUUUAGCUUCAUGUCUUUAGGUUUAGAAGGCUUGAAAGUGAGCACUGAAGCAGAAGCUGUCCUGACCGAUCCGUUGUCGCCAACAAGCAUUGACCUUUUGCCCAGUGGAGAACUACUGCCAUCUGUGGAUGAAUGCAAGCGGCGUCUGAACCGAGCAUUUGGGGACCACAGCUGGAACAUCACGCCGGUCAGUGACUAUCAAUCAGACUGUCAGGUUGACUUCACGCAAGUGCCGCUCGUCGAGUAUGCCCUGUUCAUCAACAGGCAGUUUGUUGGCCAGGCAUUGGGGCAUGCACUGUCGCCGCUGUCAUCCACCGGCUCCAAAGCACGCAUCCUGCUAACACCGGAGAUUCGCCGCGCCCUGGGCGACGAGGCAAAGCUCACCGCGUUCCAGCGGUGCUGCCAGGAGUUACUAAUCGGCUCAGAGCUGUCAACGGACACGUUUGCCAAGAAGUGGAGAGCCAAGUAUGCCGAGCAAGUGGAGGAAAAGCGCGGCGAUCGAAAGAUGACAGUGUGGCGCCGAACCAAGGCAGCGUAGUAGCGCACUUGAGCUGAAUGUAUCAGUGCCAUGCGUUAUAGUGCCCACUUCGUGGUUCCUAUGAGGAAACACUGGCUUUGCUGUGGCCUGAUUUUACUCACAGCUGCUGGUUCAUGGGGAGAAGUCUUAUCUUAAUCCAGAUCACCUACAUGUCCUAGCUUGCUACCGCGGCUCAUCAUUGCCUCAAGUCAACAAGUCAGCCGAUGGCACUGUGGUCUGGCCUGUCUUGGCUCAUGCGUUUAGGUCUACCUGCUGGUAAUAUGUGUGACAUUUGGCAGCGCUAUCGCCUGCUGCAGCUGAAGAGGGAGUGCAGAGUUCAUGUGCCGGCAAUACAGCAAGCUUCUGAGCAAGUUUGUUCGACGUGCUUGACUGAUGUUGCCACCCAGUCCGCCUGGCAAUGCUGAUGGACAUACUGCAGCAGGAGCCGCAGCAGCAAGCGCAGGUGAAUCUGGCACCUUCUCGUUGUUGUUGACUUUUAUUUAUAGAGCUCCACUUCUUUGUCUGUACAUAACUGUGCUUUAAGCCAGCGGGACGGCGUGCACUUGUGCCUGGAUUUAUUCACACGGACAGUUCUUGAUCUCAUGUGGCACACCACCCCAGUCACCUGGCCGCCAGGGAAUAAUUCACAAGCCACGAUCCUGGUUACUCUGCAGCCAGGGAAUUCACGGUGCUGGACUCAUGUAUGUAGCCUCGUUUGACGAUCUAUUUUGAAUUUCUAUUCUAGAAGAAGUUGUUUGCUGCACCCCUGGGCCAAAGACUAAUGCAGUGGAAACCAGGGAGUAGUAAAUUCCUA